GUUUGCUUUCUGACUUGGAUGUUUUGUUAAACUAUUACGUGUGGGGACAAAAGAUGAAGUGGCAUUGUUUCCGACGACACCUAAAGGCACCACCUCCCAGCGCUGGAGGUGAUUAGGGGACUGACUGGACGAGCUGACUAGCCCAGAGCCGCCUCUCCAGCCACUCCCUACGCCCGGCAGUUUCUGCGCUCUGAAGUCCAUCAGAGCUCCAUUCAAAGUGCUGAGAUUCGGAUGAGAGCCUCUUCCAGCCUCAUCCAGCACAGGCAGACACCAGUUAACCUAAAAACAGCAGGGAAGGGCUUCAGGAGCCUCUCCAGACUUGGAGAAUCAUCCCGGGAUCAUAUCUUUUUUUUCUUGUCCGUAGAGUGGAUUUAGGACAAGAGGGAGCAACUUCCACAGAGAUAAAGCGGGGGGGACGACUACAGCCAAGAUGGAGGUGAAGACGUCACUUCUAGACAAUAUGAUUGGGGUCGGUGACAUGGUCCUCCUAGAGCCCCUCUCUGAAGACUCCUUCCUUGACAACCUGAAGAAGCGCUUUGACCACAGUGAAAUCUAUACAUACAUUGGCAGCGUGGUGAUCUCCAUGAACCCUUACAGGUCUCUGCCCAUCUACACACCAGAGAAAGUAGAGGAGUAUCGCAACAGGAACUUCUACGAAUUAAGUCCACACAUCUACGCUUUGGCAGACGAGGCCUACCGCUCGCUGAGGGACCAGGACAAGGACCAGUGCAUUCUCAUCACAGGGGAGAGCGGAGCUGGGAAAACUGAGGCCAGUAAGCUGGUAAUGUCGUAUGUGGCAGCGGUGUGUGGGAAGGGCCACGAGGUGAAUAAGGUCAAGGAACAGCUGCUGCAGUCCAAUCCUGUGCUGGAGGCUUUUGGAAAUGCCAAAACUGUAAGAAAUGACAACUCUUCCAGAUUUGGAAAGUACAUGGACAUUGAGUUUGACUUCAAAGGAGAUCCCCUGGGCGGAGUCAUCAGUAACUAUCUGCUAGAGAAGUCACGUGUGGUGAAACAGCCGAGAGGAGAGAGGAACUUCCACGUCUUUUAUCAGCUUCUGUCUGGAGCCUCAGACGACACGCUCAGGAAGCUAAAGCUGGACCGGGACUUUAGCAAGUACAACUACCUGAGCCUGGACUCUGCUGCGGUCAACGGGCUGGAUGAUGCAGCCAACUUCAGGACAGUCAGAAACGCCAUGCAGAUCGUGGGCUUCAUGGAGGACGAGGUGCAGUCGGUGCUGGAGCUGGUGGCAGCUGUGCUGAAGCUCGGCAACAUAGAGUUCAAGCCAGAGUCGCGCUGCAACGGCACCGACGAGAGCCGCGUCAAAGACAAAAAUGAUUUGAAGGAGAUGUGUGAGCUGCUGGGGAUCGAGCAGUCGGUGCUGGAGAGGGCGUUCAGCUACCGCACAGUAGAGGCUAAAAUGGAGAAAGUCUCCACUACGCUGAACGUGGCCCAGGCCUACUAUGCCCGAGAUGCCCUUGCCAAAAAUCUCUACAGUCGCUUGUUCAGCUGGCUGGUUACCAGAAUCAAUGAAAGCAUACAAGCACAGACUAAAGCUCGGCACAAGGUCAUGGGUGUCCUGGACAUCUAUGGCUUUGAGAUAUUUGAGAAUGGAGACAACAGCUUUGAGCAGUUCAUCAUCAACUACUGCAACGAGAAACUGCAGCAGAUCUUCAUCGAGCUGACCCUGCGUGAGGAGCAGGAAGAGUAUGUCAGAGAGGGCAUCGAGUGGACCAACAUUGAAUAUUUCAACAAUGCCAUCAUCUGUGACCUGAUUGAGAACAAUCAAAACGGCAUCUUGGCCAUGCUGGAUGAGGAGUGUCUGAGGCCGGGGACGGUCACUGAUGAGACCUUCCUGGACAAACUGAACACCAUCUGUGCGGACCACCAGCACUUUGAGAGUCGGCUGAACAAGAACUCAAAGUUCCUCAACGACCACAGCCUGCCGCACAACUGCUUCCGCAUCCAGCACUACGCCGGCAAGGUGCUGUAUCGUGUCGAGGGCUUUGUGGAUAAGAACAAUGACCUUCUGUACCGGGACCUGUCACAGGCCAUGUACAAAGCCAACCACAGCCUCAUCAAACAGCUGUUUCCUGAAGGCAACCCAGCCAAAGUCAACCUGAAGAGACCCCCAACUGCUGGAUUCCAGUUCAGAGCUUCAGUGGGCACGCUGAUGAGGAACCUGCAGACCAAGAACCCAAACUACAUCCGCUGCAUCAAGCCCAAUGAUAAGAAGGCAUCCCACAUCUUCACCGACUCUCUGGUCUGCCAUCAGGUGCGCUACCUGGGCCUGAUGGAGAACGUCCGUGUGCGACGAGCAGGCUAUGCCUUCCGCCAGCCCUACGAGCCCUGCUUGGAGCGCUACAAAAUGCUCUGCAAAAGGACCUGGCCGCAUUGGAAGGGGCCUGCAAGGGACGGAGUGGAGGUGCUGAUGGCCGACCUCCAGAUUCCAGCAGAAGAGAUCGCUUAUGGCCGCUCCAAGAUCUUCAUCAGAAACCCAAGAACGCUCUUUUUCUUGGAGGAGAAGAGAAAGCAAUGUCUCCAAGACCUUGCCACGCUCAUUCAGAAGAUCUACAGAGGCUGGAAGUGCCGCACGCACUUCCUGUUGAUGAAGAAGAGCCAGAUAGUGGUGGCAGCUUGGUACCGCCGAUACGCUCAACAAAAGAAGUACCGGAACAUCAAGAGCGCUACCACUGUGGUUCAGUCGUACACCAGAGGGUGGCAGGCCCGCAAACUUCUGAGAGAGCUGAAAUAUCAGAAGAGAUGCGAGGAGGCAGUGACCACCAUCGCAGCGUUCUGGCACGGCACCCAGGCACGGCUGGAGCUGAGACGUCUGAAACAAGAAGCGCGGAAUAAACACGCUGUGACAGUAAUUUGGGCAUACUGGCAGGGAACCAAGGCCCGGAGAGAGCUGCGUCAGCUGAAGGAGGAGGCGAGGAAUAAACAUGCCGUAUCGGUCAUUUGGGCCGGCUGGCAGGGCACCAAGGCUCGCAGGGAGCUCAGGAGACUGAAGGAAGAGGCCAGGCGUAAGCACGCUGUCGCUUUGAUUUGGGCCUACUGGCAGGGACUCAAGGUCCGCAGAGAGUACAGGAAAUUCUUCAGAGCUAAUGCCGGCAAAAAGAUCUACGACUUUACCAUCCAGCGAAUUAUACAGAAAUACUUCCUGGGCUUGAAGAGCAACAUGCCUUCCAUGUCACCCAUAGACAAAAAGUGGCCGGCCAGGCCGUACAGCUUCCUGGAUGGAGUCCACACAGAGCUCCGGAAAAUCUUCCAUCACUGGAGGUGCAAGAAAUACAGGGACCAGUUCACCGAGGAGAAGAAGGCAGUGUAUGAGGAAAAGCUAGAAGCAAGUGAGAUCUUCAAGGGUAAAAAGGCUCUCUACCCGAGCAGUGUGAGUCAGCCUUUCAAAGGAGAUUACCUGGAGAUCAGCAAGAACCCCAAAUAUCAGAAACUCAACAGUGCUGUGGAUGAGAAGGUCCUGCUGGCCGAUGUGGUCAACAAGAUUAACAGGGCGAAUGGCAAGGGAACGCCACGGAUCUUCCUGCUGACCAAGAAGAACUUUGUUCUGGCUGACCAGAAAACGGGCCAGGUGAAGGCCAGCAUUCCUCUGCCAGACGUCACUAGCGUGUCGGUCAGCACGCAGAAAGACGGCUUCUUUGCUCUCAAACUCAAAGAGGGUUCGGCUUCAGCUGUCAAAGGAGAUUUCUUGCUCAGCAGUGAGCACCUUAUUGAAAUCAUCACCAAGCUCCAUCGCAUCGGCGCGACCGCCGCAGACCGGGAGAAACUCAAAGUUGACAUCUCGGAUGAGUUCCUGGUGCAGUUUAAGCAGGACAAAGUAUGCGUGAAGUUCAUCCAGAGCAGCCCGAAGAACGGCAACAGCGUGUCCUGCAAGCGCAAGAACAACCGCCUGCUGGAGGUGUCGGUACCCACAUCGCCAUAGUGAAGUCUCCACUGCUGUCGUGGAGCGCUCAGUCUGGCGGCGACUAAACAUCGAACCAUCACCCUCCCCCAAAACUCUGGACUCAAAAGCCGUCACAUCAGUUUCCCCUGUGAGCCCAAAAAUGUGCAGUUAUUUGGCUUUUUGUUCUUAUCAAAUUUCCUAAGGCACAGGUACAGAUGUAACCACGCACCACAUUGUUUGUUUGGCAUAGAAAGCCCUAAUCUGGGUUGCAUGCCACAGAAAAUGAUUAAAAUGUUUCACUGGUGUUUUGUGAACCUGCCGCGAAGAGUUGAUGCUGGUGCAAAUCUUGUUAGUGCACAACAGACUUCUGUAUACCAGUGGUGAUGUUGACAAUGAUUGAUCUGCCUGUACGGUAAAUUAGAGCCGUUUGUGACGAGCUCCACAGAUCUCGACUCAUCUGCGUUUGAGCAGCUCUAGCUUUAAAAAGAUGGCUUCAAGUUUGAGAUGACCCGGAGGUCUUUUGGGGUCAGCCUGUUGGAGUUUGUUCUCUCAUGAACGUGAAUACUGCACUUGCUUUCACCUCUGCAUAACAAAAAGAGGAUGACCUGAAAAUGUAUUUGAUUGUAUGUUGUAUUUUCUAUAUAUUUUUUUUCUCAGAAAAAGGUGGACGGCUGCAAAGUCAAAUGUAAUGUGUUGAUUGAUUUAUUGUAAAACCCCAUUUGUAUCCAUUCUAUGUGCCAUUGAACAGGUCCUGUGACUUGCCACGUGUCAGUGUACAAAUACAAACGUUCCCAUUCAUGUCGAGAUAUUGAUGGUAUAAAGGGUCAAAAACCUUUUCGAACGGGGAGUGUUGACCUGGAGUGCCACUGUAUGUUUUGAUGAGGCUGCACAUGUGAUAAAUUGCUACAUUUCUCAACACAUUGCAGUGUGCAUUGAUUGUGAAGCUUUGUUCUGCAGAGAUUUCCUGCACCCAUAUCACAGAUUUCCAUAUAUAAAUUAAAAGAAGCCCCCCUGAGCAUUAUGUGGGACUGUCCAAAACAGAAAGAUGCCCAACCAAAGGACAAAGGAUUCAUUCCCCUGAUCCAAAGCUUUCUGUGACACAAACCCUUGAACUGAAUAUUUUUCGUGCAAUAAGUAAAACGUUUUGUCUCAAUUAUUCUCUCUCUGGUAAAACAGCAGUGAGGACCCAUAGCAGUUGCCCUUCCUGUGCCAUAAGCUGUACAUAAGCUUUGAAGGCUGUGGCCCUGACUCUUUAUUUUAAUUGCCGUGUUUGUAAAAUUGCUGUUUCUGCCACUGAAGUUUGAGUAGGUGUUGUGCUCUGCCCACUCGCUCCUAAUGUGUCUUUAUUUUAUUUUUUUUUAAUUUUUAUUUUUUUUUAGGAAAGACCAAAUAUUAAGUGACUACAGAUCCUUGAUGUAUCACAAAGAAUGGGCAAAUUUGGGCUUUUUACAACUUUAUAGAAGUCUUAUUUAAAAAAAAUCUGGUCUUCAGUCAUUUAAACACGGGGAACAUUCGAGUGUCAAGAAGCCAGAGCUCUAUAUUUUCAGGCACGUUGACUAUUUUUCCGAUUUUCUGGUGGAGCGUUUUGUACUUUCGGUGAAUGACAUAAAUUAGCUCUUGAUGGCUUUUGCAAUCCAGGGUAUCAUGGUCUGUACAUGUAAAUUGAUUUUGUUUUCUUUAAUGUAACGCACGACACAGGGACCUGAGAAAUCAGCCGUUGACCCUCACGUGGGAACAGUUGGGCUGAAUUCCAGUUUUGAUGUAUUUUCCUGGCUACGCUGCUUUCAGUGCAGUUUUAGGGUUCUUCCUCCCCACUCUCUCUCUCUGAAUCGCUCUUCUCUGUUUUGUAUUUGAACAGUUGCUAGAAAUGCAAAAUGAUGUCUGCAUUAUUGUGUGCCUAAUGUUAACCUGUGCUAUGAGACAGAUCAUGGACAUGCUUCAGUAGAACUCAGUGUAACAUUUACAAGUAAUCUUUUUUAAAUUAAAUAAAAGUCAGUAAUUAAUAAAUGUUA